CACAGAGACAUGACCCACUUUUAAAGCGAACAAACACGAACGUCGCGUUGAGCUUUGAGUACUCACAAGUCAUACAGGCAGGUCGCACUUAGUUUAAUGAACAACAAGUCAUUUAACAAACAAGAAGAUGAAGUUGCCUCUAAGGUCAAGAAAUAUUGCUGGAUUGUUAACGAUUGUUGGCGGAGUGAUUAUGCAUCUGUCAAUCGGAGCCACGUACACAUUAGGAAAUUUCUCGCCAUACUUUGUUUCCUACUACCGCAAUCGCACAGCGGAAACGGAACUACGCAACGAAGACUCGCUAUGGCUUAUGACCGCCACUUUGUUCGGAGGCGCCAUCGGCGUGUCAAUGUCCGGACUGAUGGUCAAUAGGUUUGGGCCCCGUAUCUCCUUGAUAUUAGGAAUCGUAGUGUUCUGUGCGACAACAGCGUUGAAUUACUUCAGCGUACGUGGCAGUUACGCCGCCAUGGUUAUAAUAUACGGGUUCAUCAACGGGUUCGGAAACAAGAUCAUAUACCCCAUACCCGUGGCCAUAGCUAUAAAGUGUUUUCCAACGCGACCGUCGUUUGUGGCGGGAAUAAUCCUUGCCGGCUAUGGUGGAGGCGCCAGCAUCUUCAAUCAGGUCAUCACCGCCUUUAUUAACCCCGACAACUACUCUCCCGACCUGGUCACAAAAGAGGGAGAUAGGUAUUUUACACAACCGGAUCUACUGGACCGGGUACCAUACAGUUUUCUGGUCCUGGGCGGUUUGUGCUUCUUGCUCCAGGUACUCGGGCUGCUCUGUAUCCGGGAACCAGCUCCAGAGGUAUUGGGUAAUACAGAAAAAGACUUAGUGGAGACCAAACAUGGAACAGAGGAACUGUCGUUGCCUAUCAUUUCUAAUGGUAAAAUAGAAAUGACUGGCAAACCGGAAGUAGUUUCGAUUGGAUCUCAAACUCACGUGUCAGAUUCCAUUAAAAGAAACAGCUACCAUCUAGGCAGUUCAAUAAUAUUACCCACCUCUGCCAAAGACAUGGGGGCACUAGAAGUCAUUAAGCUCGCGUUUAGGACACGCGCGUUUUACGUGGUCAUCUUAUCUGCAAUGAUUAUAAAUAUCGGAACUGGAUUUGUAUUUAAUCUCUACAAGUCAUACGGACAGACGUUCAUCGCAGACGACAAAUUCCUGUCGGUUGUCGGGUCCAUGUCGUCGGUGUUCAACUGCCUUGGUCGCCCCUUCUGGGGCCUUGUCAUGGAUCGUUUCGGUUACAGGGCGACCUUGUGGUGCAUAUCCGGUGGGCUCACCGUUUCCUGUGCGACCUUGACCUUGACCGAGAUGAUGCCUCAAGGUUUGUUCAUGCUGUGGGUUUGCGUCGUAACAGGACUGGUCUGCGGUCAGUGGGCGUCAUAUCCAACUACCUUCUCGCGUCUCUUUGGCAUCAAACACAUGGCGCUGCUCUGGGGCUUCAUAUCCUGGGGAACGGCCUUUUCAAGUUUACUGACGUCUUUAGCUGGAACCGGUCUUAAGUCGAGCUUAGGGUUUUCAGGCCUAUUUUACAUAGCUUCAGGAACAUCCGGUUUUGGCUUCCUUUUAACGAUACUGUUCAAUGGGAAGGACUACACUGGCGGACGGAUCUAGAAGAUCCGUCAACGAUUAACAUCGGUAAUCGUCAAUAAUCAUCGGUGAAUAUCGGUAACAUCGGUUCACGAAGUACUCGAAACUGGUGAACAAUGCUUAAACUACUUAAAAUUGCUGAAAACGGUGUGAAAAGACAACAAAGAAAGAUCCCCCAGGCCUUUAAGAAAAUAAUUCCUGUUUACUUAAACGAAGUUUCCACAUUUGUUUCAAAAAUUUACAAAACAUAUUAAAACAUACGGCAACGAGGGACGUGUGUAGAUUCGUUAAAUAAAUAUUAAUGUUGUAUUAUAUCAUAUUGGAAUAAAAACACAUUCUUAAAAGUAUCGGAUAAUAUCUGAAACGUUAUCUGACAGUCCGUUAUACUAGCACAUACCUAUGGGCUUGAUAUGUACUAGCACAUACUUAUGGCUUGAUAUGUACUAGCACAAACUUAUGGCUUGAUAUGUACUAGCACAUACUUAUGGCUUGAUAUGUACUAGCACAUAGUUAUGGCUUGAUAUGUACUAGCACAUAGUUAUGGCUUGAUAUGUACUAGCACAUACUUAUGGCUUGAUAUGUACUAGCACAUACUUAUGGCUUGAUAUGUACUAGCACAUACUUAUGGCUUGAUAUGUACUAGCACAUACUUAUGGCUUGAUAUGUACUAGCAGAUACCUAUGGCUUGAUAUGUACUAGCACAUACUUAUGGCUUGAUAUGUACUAGCACAUACUUGUGGCUUGAUAUGUUUUAGCACAUACUUAUGGCUUGAUAUGUACUAGCACAUACUUAUGGCUUGAUAUAUAUUUUAACCUGUAAGCGAAUGCAGGUAUUUCAAAUGUCAAUUUCCUAGCAUAUGGUAUAUGUGUCAAAAACGGUAUUUCUAUGACAAUAUGUUGUAAUUCUUACCAAGCAUGUUUAUAGCUUAAAGCUUUGUUUAUUUUCAAAUCCUCAGGUGUGAUUUCCAUCCCCGCUAUGGAUUUCAAAUUUUAAAGAAAAAUGUAUUUCUGAACAAAAUGUAGUAAUGUAAAUUGCGUAUAUAUUUAAUAUUUAUAAUUUAAUUCAUUUAUAUAGAUGGUGUUUGCUUUUGUUGUUUAUGAAAUAUGUCAUAAAGUAUGAAUUUAAUUUAUGAACCAUGAGUUAUAAAGCACAUUAAACUUAAUUAUUUUUCUCCAUAGUGUAUAAAAAAUAUUUUACCAAACCAAACCAAACCAAUGGUAUACAGCAGACAAAUCACAACUCUCCUUCAGACAACAAAACAUGGGAAAAUAUUAAUUCGUACAAUAUGGAAGGGUUUUUCAUUGUAUUAAAAAUAUAUAUGUAUUUAUAAUAUAUCUGAUUCAAUCAAACACACAUUUAUUGUAUUGUUUUCGUUCUAAGUUGCUUUAGUCGUUGACUGUAUUGCUGUUUUACUCAAUAUGAAAAUUAAGAGUUCAAUCCCAAAGAUAUCAGUAGUUUGUACAAUUCUAGUGAUAUAUCAGUCCAUAACUAACAUGUAAUGCUGAGGGUCGGAUAUGAUAUCUGCUCCGGGCAUAAAUCCUACGUUAUUUUUAUCAUAGUAAAAAACAAUACUCUGUUAAGCGUGGUAUGUUAAUGGCAUGUUGCAACAAAGAACAUACCUCUAUUAAAUGUAUGAUAAUCAUCAAAUACAAUUUACUUUCAAGCUAUAUGCACGAUUUUGUCAAAUAUUUAUGAAUUUAUAUAAAAUGUGUAAACAACUUAUUAUACAUAUAUUUUAUUAUAAAUUAAAAUAAAAGUUAAGAAGAA